AUGGCGGCGCUCCUGAGCGCAAUGCCCUCCCCUCCAGGCUUCGCAUGCGUGUCAUGCGGGCGUGCACAGGUUCGAGAGCGAGGAGGACCAGGGCACCCACGACACAAGGGCGAGGGGCAGCAGGCACCGGGGGGGGGCACCAAGAGCGCGGGGGAAGGCGAGGAGCUCAAGAGUACGAAGGACAGCAGAGGCUCCAAGGGCACGACGGACGGACGGGCGUCGUCGUUGGCGGCGGCAGUGGUGGUGGUGGUGGCCGAGGAGGGGGAGGAGGAGGAGGAGGAGGAGGUGGAGAGAGUGAGGCAGGCCGCGAUGACGCUGCAGAAAGGAGGGAGGUCGAGCAGGAGUCGAAGAGUGGAGGCAGAGCGAGCGGCAGUGGAGGAGGAGGUCGUGCAAUGCGUCAAGGAGCGUGGCGCGGGUGGCCUGCAGCGAGGACACAAGGAAGCGUGCGAGGAGCUGGUGCGUCUCGUGGCGGCGCAGCUGGUCAUGCAGAGCUACCACUGCGUGCGGCCCUCCUAG